GUUCUUCUACAAGUAGAAAUUUCUGAAAUAGAAGGCAAUAUUUUCAGGCUUAAAAUAGAUGAAGCAGCUCCUCUCAGAGCAAGAUACAAAGUUCCUGAUGUUCUUAUAAAAGAACCCACCACCCGGAGACUGUUUAUGUCCCAGAAGGAGGCAGGUAUUUUGGUGCUGUCAAGUAUUAAUGAGGACUACAAACUUCAAGUCACAGCAAACCCCUUUCAGAUUGAGCUGCAGUCCAAUGGUGAGACUGUUCUGAGCGUGAAUUCCAACGGGUUGUUAUAUUUUGAGCACAUCCAACCACCUCCUAGUGACAGAAAACCUACAGCAGAAAACAAGGAGGAGGCGGCAAGUGAUUCCUCUAAGGAGAAACAAGAGGAUCUAGGUCUCUGGCAAGAGAAAUUUGGCAGUUUCUUAGACAUCAAAGCUCAUGGUCCUAGUUCUGUAGGCAUGGACUUCUCUUUACAUGGAUUUGACCACGUUUAUGGAAUACCACAGCACACAGAGGCACUUCUUCUCAAAAACACCAGUGAUGGUGACGCCUACCGGCUUUAUAAUUUGGAUAUCUUCGGCCACAGGAUACAUGACAAAAUAGGUAUUUAUGGUUCUGUGCCCCUCCUCUUGGCACACAAGCCGAACAGAACUUCAGGAAUCUUCUGGCUCAACUCAUCAGAAACACUGGUGGAUAUUAAUACAAAGGCAGUAGCUGAGCACAUACAAUCCGGAUCUGCUGCAGAGACUGCUAAGCAGAGAGCAGUGCCCCUAACUGAUGUACGCUGGAUGUCAGAAAGUGGGAUCAUUGAUGUCUUCCUGCUGAUGGGACCUACUGCAUUUGAUAUCUUCAAGCAGUUUGCACAACUGACAGGCACUCAAGCCCUACCCCCCCUUUUUUCUCUGGGUUACCAUCAGUGCCGGUGGAAUUACGAGGAUGAGCAAGAUGUCAAGGCAGUAGAUGCUGGCUUUGAUGAACAUGACAUUCCUUAUGAUGUGAUAUGGCUGGACAUAGAGCACACAGAUGGCAAGAGGUAUUUUACUUGGGACAAAAAGAAAUUCCAGAACCCUAGAAAGAUGCAAGAACAUCUCAGGAAGAAAAAACGCAAGCUCGUCGUCAUUGUAGAUCCCCACAUUAAGGUUGAUCCCAUGUAUACCCUGUAUUCACAGGCAAAAGACAAGGGAUAUUUUGUGAAAGACAGAAAUGGGCAAGAUUUUGAGGGCAUCUGUUGGCCAGGUUCCUCUUGUUACCUGGAUUUCACCAAUCCUGAAGUACGAAAAUGGUAUGCAGAUCAAUUUGCCUUCAAAACAUACAAGGGAUCCACAAAUAUCCUCUUUGUAUGGAAUGACAUGAAUGAGCCUUCAGUCUUCAAAGGGGCAGAACUAACAAUGCAGAAAGAUGCUGUGCACUACAACAACUGGGAGCAUCGGGAAGUACACAACCUCUAUGGAUUCUACCAGCAAAUGGCAACUGCAGAAGGACUCAUCAGACGUUCUUCAGGAAAAGAGAGACCAUUUGUCCUCACACGAUCUUUCUUUGCUGGAUCACAGAAGUAUGGGGCAGUGUGGACUGGAGACAACACAGCAGAGUGGAGUUACUUGAAAAUAUCCAUUCCAAUGCUUCUCACUAUCAGCAUGGCAGGGAUUCCAUUCUGUGGAGCUGAUGUGGGAGGGUUUAUUGGAGAUCCAGAACCAGAAUUACUUGUUCGCUGGUAUCAGGCUGGAGCCUACCAGCCCUUCUUCAGAGGUCAUUCUAACAUGGAGAGCAAACGGCGAGAACCGUGGCUCUUUGGGGAGAAGAACACCCAGAUCAUCAGGGAAGCCAUUAGAGAGCGCUACGUCCUCCUGCCAUACUUAUACACACUGUUCUAUCGGGCACACACAGCGGCUGAACCGGUUAUGAGGGCUCUCUGGAUAGAGUUUCCAGGGAAAGUAGAAACUUUUGGUGUGGAAAAUGAGUACAUGCUGGGAAAUGCUUUGUUGGUGCAUCCAGUCCUGGAGCAAGAGGCCAAAGCAGUGACUGUUCUGCUUCCAGGGUCAGAGAUCUGGUAUGAUUUCAGAAAAUUUAAACGAAUGGAAGAUCCAGGCACUCUGAAGAUCCCAGUAACACUGGAGAAU